AAAUGAGAAAGAGAAGCGAUUCUCUCUCCCAAGAAUCUCUCCGACACAAGCUCUCAAAAAGCGAAGCUAAAAACCUUGGCGACUUGCCAACACAAUGCGUGUUGUUCUCUCCUGAGAAUCUCUCUCUGUUUCUCGUUCUCGCUCUAGCUAUAAGAGCAUUGGGUUGAGAGCGGCUUUGUUACGACAGGGAGCGAUGAUCGAUAGUCUGUUGAGAAGUAGGGAGGACGAUUUUUCCCCUAGGGUUUCGGUGGGGAGGCACCGGCGGUUCCUCGCCUUGUCAAUCUCUCCGUUGUUGAUCGUCGAUGGGCUUUCCCGGAAGGGUUUCUUCUAUAAGAAGCUUCCCACCGAACCCCUCAAGCUCUCUGUGCUCAAAUUGGACGGCUCUUGCUUCGAUAUUGAAGUUACGAAGACAGCCACUGUUGCGGAACUAAAGCAGGCGGUGGAGGCGGUCUUUAGUCACAUGCCUCAGAAGGGACCAGGCAAAAUUUCAUGGUCGCAUCUCUGGGGGCGUUUCUGCUUAUGCUAUGAUGGUGAGAAGCUGGUCACAGAAACAGACUCUAUCAGAAAUUACGGCAUCAAGGAUGGUGAUCAGCUUCAUUUUGUUCGGCACAUCUCAAACAGCUACAUUCUGAGAAAGAGGUCACCAAAGAAAAGGGUUUUUGUUUCAUGGCAACGCAAAACGUCAUUAUCGCGAUCAAAUAGCCGUGAAGAUGGAGAACCAAAUGACGAGGAAGAUGAUGAUUGUGGUGAUAUCGAGAAGGGAAAGCCCCGGCGCUACAAGAAAAAUGAUAAGUGUCUGAUUCAACGCCGCGUGUCCAGGAUGGCUCACCUAUUUGGAGGGUGGUUCUUAUACACCAGUAAGAGGAGGAGAAUUGUAGGCUUGGCUUGUCCUCCAGGAGUUGGAACUAGUUUAGUGGGUGGUUUUAGGAAGAUUAUAUUGUUUUGCAGGAAGAAUCGCUUUUCUCCAAGGGAUACAUGGAGAGAAGAUUGAUGCCCACUGCUGGAAUUGGUUAUAGUGGAUUCUUUUCUUCAAAUCCAUCACAUUCUACUCUUUGCAGCACACUUGAGAAUUGUGUUCUUGUAAGAAUUUUGAAUCCAGAGUCAAUAAACACUGGUUUAAUCGUCUCCAUCGGGGAUAGUCAUCCAAUGCACCCUAAACACAAAAGUAAUAA